GGACACUACUCACAUGCUAGGUAACGUUGCUAGCAACGCCUUCAAAGGCCGCUACCUUCGACAGUUUCUUAAGAGCUUUCCAUCUGACUGUACAAAAUCUAAUCUAGAGGAUGCAUGGAAAUGUAGAGGCAUGGCUUAAUAUUCCGGGCUGGCGAAUUGAGCAGCGUUACGCGCCGGGCGUUCUGAUUGGUAACUGGGCGGAAGAGCGCUACACAUUUAAGAAAGGCAGUUACAAACAUAAUACCACUCAUCGUAUUGAUUUCCAAAACUAUGGAAAUCAUCGUCCAGAUGUCAUUAUUAGGCGUAAAAGGGAGCUGCUCAAUGAAGGAUUACCCCAAGAGCUCAUCUUUCAUCACCAUGGCAACCGCUAUGCCAGAAAUCUGGUGACAUGGUAUGAUGAGGACUAUAAUGGUCGUUACAAAGAAAAAAAACUGCCAGAGUUAAGGACAUGGACUUCUAAACAUGUGUCAUGGUUACCAGAGAAAAGUGACAUUCAUGUUCAAGCACCACCAACAAAUUUUGGACUACUUGGCAAGCUGCAAAAGAAAUGGCGAGAUCAGGCUAGGAGUGCGAUGGAAGGGGAUUACAAGUCUGUCUACACUACCAGCUACAAAGAUUUUCCCCCUGAUGCUGCUGUUCAUAUGCGCUAUGCAACACCUAAAAUGGAGUCCUCGUCAUUGCAUCCUCCAAACAAGGUGAUCAAAGACCUACAGCUUCGAAACAAAUCUGCUCUCAAGUUACCAGAGAAGAUGCCUCCAGAUAUAGCAAUAGGUGCUAUUCAGUCUAAUCAUUCAGUGUGAACAACUGAUGAUAGCUAACAAAUGUGCCUAUGUAUGUCUUCAGUCUUAGCACCCAGUCUGAACUACUUAUGAUAGCCAACAGAUUUGUCAAUAUAAUCUCUUUUGUCUCCCUUACCUGGUUACCAGCUCCCCUUUGUGUAGGACCACUUCCACAUCACUGCUCUUUCUUACAGACUACCAGUGAUUACCAAUGUCAAAAUGGGCAAAAUUCUUAUGCAAUGAGCUUUUUUAUGCUAUAAAAAUUAGGCGACUUUACUAUCAGCAUUGUGGUUACCAGCAAGAUACUGUCACAGAGGACAAUAAGUUGAUGAGAUCCAGACAAACAGACAAGUGUGCUCUAACACUGAGGUUCUUGCUCAGCUUUAUUAUCAGUAUUAUGCUUGCGCACUGGAGACUGUUUACAAACAGCAAUGAUAAAUUGAUUUUGUUCAAUCUUAAGAUUUUUGACAAUAGUAUAUAUAUUUCAGAUUCUAUUUAAUAUAAGCAGCACCAAGGAGAGACUUUGUCACAACUGAUGUUGCAAAUAAUGAUUUUUGGUGAUUGAAUUUCUUGGUUGUGCAAAUACACUUUUGCUUUUUGUCGGAAUAGUACAGGAGUAAAUGUGAUUGUUUCUAUGUGUAUUUGUAUAAUAUGCAUGUGUGUAUUGUGUAAUGUAUGUGGCCAUGACAUUUUAUAUGUUUACCACACAAAAUUAUACUUUUUUUGCAUAAAAGAAGAAGCUUUUGUAGAUGUUUAACUGCUUAGUCAACUGACUGAAACACUGGCUGUUUUUCACAUACAAGAAAUGAAAACAUCUGCAUGACACUGUCAAUUCUGUUUAUGUUUGUAACAUCUCAAUCUUCCAAUAUACUAAACAACAAAAAUGACAAUUUAAGGGAAAUUCAAAAUUAUCCUGUAUGAAUAUUCAAAACUUCUCAAAUGCAUUAAUGAGCAUAAUAUAUACGCUGGUGAUGUGCUAAUUCUUGAAGUAGGCUGCUGUGUCGCAAACUGUUCUCAAACUUUAAUUCUUUUAUUUAUGCUUUUGAAAAUUGUGUGCAAAGCAAAAUUCAUGUAAUCAGACUUUAUAUGAUGCACUUUGUAGAUAAUAUAUACAUACACUAAAA